CGGUGUCUGAGGGUGCUGUAAAGGCGUUUCUUCACCGAUCUCACUGUUACUUGCUCUCUUUCUCCAGAGGAAAAGGAGGAAUUAGGCUGAGCCGGACUUGGCAGACCCAAAGGAAAUCAGAUUGUGGAAACCUGAAAUAAAAUAUCCUGUGAUUGACAAGGUGACAACAACACUGCAAGGGUAAGCUGUUCAGCCUUCCAAACUGACUUGUGCUGGGAGCAGACAUCACCAGCAAGAUUCUUCAGUGUGUAGCCUUGGACGCAGCGUGCUGAUUGGAAUCUUCUUGUUCAAAGAUCGGAAAGGAACAGAGGGUUUCCCUUGUUUAACAGUCAGACUCAGCAUCUCAUCAUCUGCUUACCCAGGCCACGCGCUGAAGGCGAGGAGCCAUGGCUGAGGAUAGGAAAGACGAAGCCAAGGCACCACACUGGACUUCAAGUCAGCUAACAGAGGCCUCUUCACACCCACAUUCCCCUGAGAUGAAGGAUCAGGGAGGCGCGAGCGCUGGACUGGUCAGAAGUGCCAAUGGAUUUCCGUACCGAGAGGAGGAGGAGCUGAGGCUGGGCAGCCACGAGCAGCCAGGGACGUAUGCUCAGACCAAAGAGAAUGGCAUCAAUGGAGAGCUGUCAUCAGGGAGCAGGGAGACUGCAGAAGAAGUGUCUGCGAGGAUAGUACAAGUAGUAACAGCUGAAGCUGUAGCAGUCCUGAAAGGUGAACAGGAAAAAGAAGCCCAGCACAAAGAUCAGCCUGGAUCACUACCUUUAGCAGUUGAAGAGUCAGCCAACCUGCCUCCUUCCCCACCUCCAUCACCAGCUUCUGAGCAGACUGGAGUUCUGGAGGAAGAUUUACUUGCAGCCACGAAGAUGGAAUUCCGUGUCCAGGAGGGCACAUGCCCUUUUGCAGCAGAACCAUUAGACACAAAGCAACGUGAAUCUGGGAAGGACAGUAAGACUGUUGAGCAGCCUAAAUAUGAUGCCUUAGUUCCACAGUCAGCAAAAACAGAGGCUACAGAUAAAAAGGAUUCAGAGAGCAAAGACAAAGUGCUUUCACCUCCAUCAGAAUGGAUGUUGAAAACUGAUUCACAGAUGAAAGGGGAAGCCAGUUUUGCAGAACCUGCUGCUAAGCCUCCUGCUCCUCAAGAACAACAGCACUUGUCAUCUCAGCUGCCUGAAGUGAGCAGGGCGGAAGAAAGGACUGCAGGUGUGCCCUCAUCAACCAACCAAGUUAUGGGUAUGAAAUUUGAAGACAACCUCAAAGAUAUCCAGGGUGGUGCCAUCAGCUAUGGGGAAAGUUCUCUAUUGCUACCAGAACCCAAGGCAGAAGCAACCAAAAGUGAACUUCCUUCAGGCCCAUCUCCUGCUGUCCCCCAGGAGCUUUCACUCAAAGACAGCUUCAAAACACAUCAGGAACCUACUGACCAACUGUUUGCCAAAGAUCUCAGUAAAGAUGAACAGAUCCACAGAGACAGGACAUUAUCUCUCCAGGAAGUCUCAGCAGUAACUGUAGAUGGAUUGAAAACUCCAAGCACCCCAAAAAUCCCUCCAUGGGGAGAGGAAAAGGACAUGACUAAGGAUGAGAGUGAUGAGGAAGAAAGGUACGACUUCUAUGAUAAAGGGGAGGCUCAGCUAUUAGAUGAGCGUAAAAUGACCACAAAAUCAGAAGUUAAGACACCUCCCCCAGACAAAACAGACAUUGAAAAGGAUGGUGAAGCUAAAAAAUCACCUGAUACUCUCAAAGCAGAAAAAGAAACAGACCAAAGUGGGCUCUCAGCAGCAGAUGUGAAAAAGGAGGUGCAGCAAAGCACACAGGUACCCCCAGCUAAGUUAAGCCAUGAACUGAGUCACGAGAAAACAGCAGAGCACCCUGAUACCGCUCAGUUAUCCAGAGUAACAGAGAAAGCCCCUGAGGCACCAGGUUUAACCACUGAGAAGACUCCUACUCUAGAAGCUUCUCAAGAGAAAGAUGUUAAAAAAGAUACUGAGGAGGAUAAGGCAAGUCUUGCUGCUCCUCAUCAAAUGAAGGAAGAGGAGGAUCAGUCAGGAAUGUCAAAGUAUUUUGAAACGUCUGCUCUGAAAGAGGAAGCCUUCAAAGCAGAUGGUCUGAAACAAAGCAGUGAUUACUAUGAGCUAAGUGACACUAAAGAGAGUAAAUAUGAGCCUUAUCAGAGAGGUCCUCUAAUACCUGAAGAUGAAGAGGAGGAGGAAGAGGAAGAAUUAAAUCAGCAGCAGAAUGUGCAUGCUCGUGAAAUGGGGUACAGUACCCUGGCUCAGAGCUAUACACCAGACACAUCUGAAGAACCCAGUUCUCCAACAGAAAGAAUGUUCACUAUUGACCCCAAAGUCUAUGGGGAUAAGAGAGAACUUCACAGUAAAAAUAAAGAUGACCUAACUCUGAGCAGGAGCUUGGGACUUGGGGGAAGAUCUGCAAUUGAACAGAGAAGUAUGUCUAUUAACUUGCCCAUGUCCUGUCUGGAUUCAAUAGCCCUAGGAUUUAGUUUUGGUCGUGCACACGAUCUUUCUCCCCUCGCUUCAGAUAUUCUAACUAACACUAGUGGAAGUAUGGAUGAAGGUGAUGACUACUUGCCAGCAACCACACCAGCAGUGGAGAAGGCCCCCUGCUUCCCCAUUGAAAGUAGAGAGGAGGAUGAGCACACAGAAGAAGAAAAAGUGACGGUAGAAGAAAAAGUCCAGCCUGAGACCUUGGCUGAACCAUCUUUCCAGGCCAAAGAUUACUACAAAAAUGGGGCUGUCCUGGCUCCUGACCUGCCUGAAAUGUUAGACUUGGCAGGGACAAGAUCUAGAUUAGCCUCUGUGAGUGCAGAUGCUGAGGUGGCACAGAAGAAGCCAGUUCCUUCUGACACUGUUGUGGAAGACAGCAGCACAACCCUGCCACCUGUGACAAAUGAAAACCAUGUAAUUCUGAAAGCUGAAAGCCAGCUGGAAGACUUGGGCUACUGUGUUUUCAAUAAGUACACAGUACCACUCCCCUCCCCAGUUCAGGACAGUGAGAAUUUAACAAGUGAAACCUGUCCCUUCUACGAAGGCACAGACGAAAAACUGAGACGUGGCCUUGCUCCUGACUUGUCUUUAAUAGAAGUGAAGCUGGCAGCUGCAGAAAAAUCAAAAGAAGACUUCCUCAGUGAAAGAGAUUUAGGUCAGCAUGGUGAGUCCACUCUGGUGAGGAACUUUGAAGAGGAGAAAAAAGAGAAACUGGAUACUGUGCUAGAAAAAAGUGAAGAUCAAGUUGACUCUAAAGAGGUCUGUCCCAUUAAAGGAGCAGAACCAGAGAAGACAAGAGCUGAGUCAGUGUUAGAAAGGAAAGAAGAAAGUGUGGCUAGUAAAGUUCAUUUACCUGCUGACACAAUGUAUGACAGAAUUUCUUCUUCAGAGAUAGCAAUAGAAAAGGAUUCUAUUUGUUUGUUGUUGGAGAAGGAGAAGACUCUUAGUGUUGUUCAUGAAAUAGCUGAGAUAGCUGAUAUAGAACUAGAGCCUCCAAUUAAACCAGAUUACAAUGCUAUUAAGCAUGAUAUGGAGGUAGCUGCAAGGAGAGCUGACCAAGAAUAUCAGAGUAAGUUAGACACUAAGAUCAGUGAGGUUGUUUCUCUUCCAUCAGGGAAGGACAAAACCUCUCUUAAAAAAGCAGAGCCUGAACCCAAAGACGCUCAGCAGAAAGAAGAGACCAUCUUCUCCAGAGAAGCAAAGGAUGCAGAUGUACUUUCCAAGACUGAGCCUAGUUAUGCAAAGGACAGCACCAAACUGUCAGAAAUAGAAAUUAAAGAAAAAGUAACUAAGCCGGAUCUGGUACAUCAAGAGGCAGUUGAUAAGGAGGAAUCUUAUGAAUCUAGUGGAGAGCAUGAUCAAGCCCAAGAAAGUUUGAAUGGAGAAUCUGUGAAACCAGAGGAUAUCAAAGCAGAACAACCAAAACCUCCCGUGUCUGGGGAAGAGAUGCCUACACAGGUACCAGCUAAGGGGGCUUCUGUGGAGCCCCUCUUGCCAAAAGCUGAGCCUCUCCGGGAGGAGCCUGCUGAGAUUCAGAUGGAGAGCAUACCACAACUCAUAGAAGGAGCUGAAGAGACUCUUGAUAGAGCUGUGAAACCUACAGAAACCCAAAAGCUGCUGCCAUGUGAACUGGCAGCUGGAGCUCUGAAAGAGGAAGAAUAUGAGGAAGAAGAGGUGGAAGCAGGGCAAGAAGCAAAAGAAGAGGAUAAACAGCAUCUUGCAUCAGAAAUGCCCCCAGAGUUUGGUGAGCCUGCUGCAGAGGAAAUGGGAGCCAAGGGUAGCCCAGAAGCCCUGCCUGAGCUGAAAGGCAUUAUUGAAUCUGUGGUGACAGUGGAGGAUGACUUCAUCACAGUGGUGCAGACAACAGUUGAUGAGGGUGAAUCUGCUUCUCACAGCGUGCGCUUCGCCGCCACUCAGCAGGAAGACAUUGAAACAGGAGACUCCCAGGCUGAGGAGGAGCUGGAUGUUGAAGAAGUGGAGAUUGAGCCCAAGGAGGGCUCCCGAGAGGCUCCUGCUUCACCCCAGAGAGAAGAAAUCCUGCUCACUAACUACAAAACAGAGACGUGUGAUGAUUACAAAGAUGAAACAACAAUUGAUGACUCCAUCAUGGACACAGACAGUCUCUGGGCAGACACUCAAGAUGAUGAUAGGAGCAUCAUGACUGAACAGUUAGAGACUGUUCCUAAAGAGGAGAAAGCAGAAAGAGAAUUGAGAAGAUCAUCUCUUGAUAAGCAUAAAAAAGAGAAACCUUUUAAAACUGGGAGAGGCAGGAUUUCUACUCCUGAAAGGAAAAUAGCUAAAAAGGAACCUAGCACACUCUCCAGAGAUGAAGUGAGAAGGAAAAAAGCAGUGUAUAAGAAAGCUGAACUUGCUAAAAAAACUGAAGUUCAGGGCCACUCUCCCUCCAGGAAAAUAAUUUUAAAACCUGCUAUCAAAUAUACUAGACCAACUCAUCUCUCCUGUGUUAAACGGAAGCAGACAGCAGCAGGUGGUGAAACAAACCAGGCGCCUGCUGUAUUUAAACAAGCAAAGGAAAAACUCUCAACUGCCUCUUUGUCAAAGAUUCCUGCCUCAAAGUCUAGAGCAAAGUCAUUGCUUCCUCCAAGACCCAGCUCAGCCUGCUCAUUAACCACUAAAAGGGCCACAUGUCUGGAUACAGACAGUUUAUUUGUUCGGCCCUCCUCUGCAGGCCCAAGAGACUCAAAAUCAGAUGCUAAGGAUGGAGUAAGCAAGAGCCCCGAGAAGCGUUCAUCUCUGCCAAGGCCUUCCUCCAUCCUCCCUCCUCGGCGAGGUGUUUCAGGAGACAGAGACAGAGAGGAGAACUCCCUGUCCCUCACAUCUUCGCUCUCCUCCUCAGUACGACGGACUACCCGAUCAGAGCCAAUUCGUAGCAGAACGGGAAAAAGUGGAACUUCUACCCCCACUACUCCUGGCUCCACUGCCAUCACUCCAGGGACACCACCAAGCUAUGCCUCCCGUACCCCAGGCACUCCAGGGACACCCAGUUACUCCAGAACUCCCCACACUCCUGGGACCCCCAAAUCUGCAAUACUGGUACCUACUGAGAAAAAAGUUGCCAUAAUUCGCACUCCUCCUAAAUCUCCAGCCACUCCAAAGCAGCUACGAGUUAUUAAUCAGCCUCUACCUGACCUCAAGAAUGUCAGGUCCAAAAUUGGGUCAACAGAUAAUAUCAAAUACCAGCCUAAAGGAGGGCAGGUUAGGAUUUUAAACAAGAAGAUCGAUUUUAGCGAUAUUCAGUCCCGGUGUGGUUCCAGAGAUAACAUCAAACAUUCUGCGGGGGGAGGAAAUGUACAAAUUGUAACCAAGAAGAUUGACUUGAGUCAUGUGACUUCUAAGUGUGGCUCGCUCAAGAAUAUCCACCACAAACCAGGAGGUGGGCGUGUGAAAAUUGAGAGUGUGAAACUGGAUUUCAAAGAAAAAGCUCAGGCUAAAGUUGGUUCACUGGAAAAUGCCCACCAUGUACCUGGUGGUGGUAACGUCAAGAUUGACAGCCAGAAGCUGAACUUCAGAGAGCACGCCAAGGCCCGUGUUGACCACGGGGCUGAGAUCAUCACGCAGUCACCGGGCAGGUCCAGCAUGGCCUCGCCACGCAGACUCAGCAACGUCUCAUCCUCCGGAAGCAUCAACCUGCUUGAAUCACCCCAGCUUGCUACCCUUGCUGAAGAUGUCACAGCAGCCCUUGCCAAGCAGGGGUUAUGAAUUUGCUCAUUUUGCAUUGUAUGAAGUAAUAAUAUUUAGGCAUGAGCUCUUGGCAGGAAUGGGCUCAGAACAGGUGUCACGUUCAUUCUUUACCAUGUCUAAAACUAAGUUACAUCCCAAGACUUGUAGUUACCAUACAGUUUAAAAGAAAAAAACAGAAAAAAAAAAAAUUCCAUAGAUGCAGAAAUUGGCCUGACCUCCAUUUACAACAGGAAGACACUGGCUUUAUAUGGGUAUACAGCGGUAUGUUACAUUGGACAAUUAUUGUUGCUCUGCUCUGUCUUGCAUGGAGUACUGUAGUAUGAUAAAAAUGCAUUUUUACCUUUCAUGUGCCUGAAGGCCAUCCACCUCUUUCUGAAGAGCCUUGUUAAUAUCCCAAGAUGCUCAUUUCACAGUUCUUUUGAUAGAUGGGGAAAUAAAAAAGAAAAGUUGCCCAUUGUAAGUUAUUACAGGUUAAAUUAAUGGUCUGCUUACCAGAAGGAAGGGCAUAUAGGGAAAUUCAACUUUAAUUAAAAAAAAAUGUUUCUUUGUACAAAUGAGUAGAACAAAAGUUGAAUUAAGUUAUUAACAUUUUUUGAACCUGGUUAAUUAUGUCAGUGUAUAGCUGAAAAGCCAAUAAAUUAUUUAAAUAAUAACUAAAAAUACUAGCUGAAAACAUUUGAAUUGUGCUUUGGGAAGUGACGUAAAAAAGCUGCUGAAAGCGAGCGCUCAUACCCCAACAGACUUGUGUCUGAUUAGAAAAGUUGGUUAAGCAGCUAGAUUUGUGUGCAUACCACCAGUUCCACAUUCUUUCCAUCUGUUUGAUACAGUAUUAUAGAUAUAUAUAUUUCUCUGUGGCCAUUUGUGAUACGCCCUCCUCAUAUACUUGAAUAUUCUACUUCUUUAUUCACAGUAUCUGUGUCUCUUGCACCCUUUGGUGUUGCAAUUUUAGGUAUGUAAAAGUAGAUGUUAGCAGGGGGUUUUUUCCCUAUUCAUAAGAAUACAUUUUAAAAAGAUGAAAAUUGUAGCAUGAAGUUGCUUUCUGUAACAACUAAAAGCCGUGACCCUGUUUUAGUGACAGAUGCAAGUCUAUUCUGUGAUGCUAGAAAAAGGAUUCCUUCCUUCUUCCCUUCCUUUCUUCACAAAGAAAUGAUUUUUGUGGGGUCCAGAUGUUUGUCAAAGAGUCUCCAAAGAAGGCUGAGUUUGGACUACGGAUUUUUAAAAAAUCCACAAUAGUUUGGUUCUUUCUUUCGUUCUUUCCUUUCCUUUCUCUCUUUCUUUCUCUCUCUCUCUCUCUUUCCUUUCUUUCUUUCCUUUCUCUUUCCCUCCCUUCCUUCCUCAUCUUUUUCUUCAUUCCCAUAGUAACAAUGAAUGUUUGAUUUAUUGUUUUUCUUUUGCUAAAGUUGAAACACAGAAAAAAUAUUAAGAUGUUGUUUCCACUCCUUUAGUGAUGUCUCACAUGUACACUCAGGCACUCAGAUAACAGUGAUAAUCAUAGCAGAGAUGCCUGUAACUAACAACAUAUGAAUAAAUAAAAAUCAGCUCCCUAGACUGGUUGUCAUAGAGAUUCAUCAAUUAAAUAGGGCAUCUUAAAAUCUGAACAAAGUGGGAUUAUAUGGACUAUAAAAAGUGUAAGAAAAAAUGUGCAUGAAAGAUAAAAGGCAGAUGCACAACCAACAGAUCUAGUGGAGUUACCUGAGAGAACACUGGUGAUGGGGAUGAUCCUCAGCAGCAGAUCAUCACCUGCUGGUGCCCUAUGUACAUGAGACAUGAAGGAAUGAGCAGUUUACAUUCUUGCAGAUUGUUUUAUCUUUUCCUUUUGAAACCUCCUAACUGAACUUUGCACUGUCAGUUGAGCUAUACUUGAUGUAUGUAUUAGGUUAAUGAUGUGGUUUGGAAACUUUCAAUCUGUUCUUUUUCCUUCUUAAUUUUCAUGUGUGUGUGUAUGUGUGUUGGGGUUUGGUCUGAAAAGUCUCACAGAGAUUUUUAUGUCUGUGGAGAUUCUAAAAAUUAAUGGCACAGGAUUCCCCAUCAUUACAUUCAGGUAGUAAUGCAGUUACUGGUCAGGAAAUAUUCAGUGGGCCAAAGUGGGGUUUUGGCUAAGCUGCUACAGCAGUACAAACACAAAACAGAGUGGUUAAAUCUCUCAGACUUCUGAAUAUGAACUUCUGACAGCCCCACACAUGACAUUUCAGCUCUGCAAAAAGUUUUUUCACACAACAGAGUACCUAACACUGUAAGUCAGUUGUUUCAUAUAAAGGACAGUGAGUUUAGAACCAUCCCAAGUGCAAUUGGAGGAUUCUGAUUUCUGCCUUGUAUUUGUUACACUUCUGCUUAAAGUAAUCCUAAGAAUUCACAUGGAAACAGCGUCAAGUGAGGUGCAAUAAAAUCUUCUUCCCAUUUUUUCAGAAAAACAACAGACAGAAAGGAAAACUGACAGUAUUUGUAUCACUUUGCUCUGAUUAUGCUAUCAAUAAUAUAAAUUAGCUUUGCAGUGGUUUUUCUUUCUAUGCCUUUUGCCAGUGUAGGAGAAAAACUUGGUACUACUGAACCUCUGCUCUCUGAACCCGAGCAGCAUCUCAUGAAAACAGUGUUAAUCUAAGACUCAAGUGUUUUUAUUCUGCUUUUAAAAUUGGCAUACUCUAGAAAAUAAGGCUUAGUUAAUCCACCUAUGAGUCCAAAGUUAGAGUGUGUAACACACCAAGUCAUUUAUUUCAUGCAUUAAAAUGAGCUUUCUUGUUUUGACUGAAGCAAAGACCUUUGUAAUCAUUAUCAUCCUUCCAUAGAAAGAAUCCUAGAAUGCUGUGGAGUUAGAUAAAAAGAAAUUAAGAGUUUUGUGCUUUUGAAUAAUAAUUUAAAAACCAAGUUAUAUUACAUGACUCUAGAUGUUCACUGAAAAGCUCAUAUUAAUCUUAACUUUCUCAAGAAGAGUGUUCGUUUUAAAAACAACAGUUUGUAAAUAUGUAAUGCCCACUAAAGAAGAUAGAGCCAGCUUCCUGGAAACUGCAUCUGUUGUGUUUCUUUUCCACAGGCAUGUUGAGCCAGCAGGUUUGUUGGGUGCCUGAGACCCAAUUGUGUAACAAAGCAGAGGUAAUCCAGACAAAAGGAAUGGUGAAACCUUGUUUGGGUACCUAGGGGAGCACCCCACAUUUAAUAAUCCAUCGGGUUGUAGAGAUGAAAGAGUGCUUCUGCCUCAUCUGCAGAGUUCUGUUUCUAUGUAACCACAAGCUGAAACAAAUCAAAGUUGAGCAAACCUCUGUCCAGCAAGAGUAAAGGAAAAACUCAACCUGAUGAGGAAAAUUAUGAGCCCACAAGGGCAAUAUAUAUUUUCACUGUACAGCAGUAAAUGGAAUUAAUUAUUCAGUCCUCUGCUAUGGUACAGUAGUAACCUCAUCAUGACUGCUCACACGUCUAAGUUUGCCUAAAUACAUGACUCAAAGGGAGUCAAAAGGCAGCCUGUGUUGGCUACCACAUGAGCAGAAGUUUUUUCCAUGCUGGAAUAAAUACUGUUUGAAACCCAAGUAUAUGUCCCUUCAAAGGCAAAUGCCUUGAAGAGUAGAUCACAUUAGCUGUGAAAAUCAGUGCUGGUAGAUUUCUAGCCUAGGUGUCUGUGAGUUCACUCACUAGUCAGAUUGCUAAAGCAAUUCCCUCUGCAACUCCAGCAAUUCCCACUGCAGGAAGGUAAAUUAGUUUCACACUGGGAAAAGUCAAGCGUAUAAAAGCCACUUCAACUUUAGCAAAGAGAAAAAGCCAACAAGUAAACAUGCUGUUUGCUGGGAUAUCAAGGAAUACAGUCUGCUGUUACAAACCUGUGUUUUUUCUGAUAAUUCUAGAGCCUGUUACCAUAAAAGAGGCAUUUCUUGAAUGGCUGGUGGUAGGUAGUUCAUGUUUUUCAAUCCAAUUUGCAAUUGUAUUUGUUGCUGUAUAGUGAUUGUUUUGCAAAAUAAACUCGCUUGUCAUCUAA